UCCGAUCAAUCGAUCAUCACUUCUCAGAAUCAAUGGUCAAGAUGACACCAUAUUUCAAAACCCUAUUUCUUCUGAUCCUCCUCACCGCCACCGCACCACAUCCCAUCCACUCCGUCUCCAUCUCCCAAUACCGUUCCCUCCUCUCCAUCUCCCACUCGCUCCUCACGCGCGUCGCGAACCUACGGGCCGAACGUGGCGACAUAUCUGGCGCGAACCGGGCCAAACUCAUGGCUCAAAAGCUGGAGCCAGGGCUCGGGUUAGGCUUCCUGGGGUUCGCCUGGUCAGUGGGAUGGGACUACGCGAAAAAUUACGCGUGGAGGGAGUUGGAUUACCGGGAGCUAUACGGUGCCGCUUCAGAUUUGAACGAUCUGAGGAGCUUUUUAACUGAGUUGAUGAGAUUUGACUCGGACCUUGACAAGGCCACUUGGAUUCGCCGAAAUUACGGGGAUGUCCUGGAGGUUUCGAAACGGUUGUUUGUUAGACUGCUGGGCGUGUUUCGUCAAUCGGGGGCAUUAAGAGAAGUGGUGGAAACAGUGCAGAAGGAAGUGGUGGAAGGAGGUUUAUUGAGGGACUGUUUGGUGGUAAGCAGUAAUGACUUGAAGGGCCUACUUGUAAUUUUUGAAAGUUUGGUUUCCCAGUAUUUUUCUACUCACCAUGAUCAUGAGUAUGACCUGUAAGGCUGUAACUAUAUAAUUAACAUACAACACAACUGAUUUUGUUAUUUAUCUGUUGAUUUUGUUACAGAAUUAAUUUCUAUA